AAAAUGAGAAGACAUACUGAACUCGGCUUUAAAUUCUUGUCUUGUACUCGUAUAAAGAGUUUUAUUUAAAUAUUCUUGAAAUAGUAUAGUACUAUAGUAGGAGUGGGAUAAUGUAAUGAGUAAUAUUAGCCAAUGGUAUAGACUCUCAUCAAUGAAGAUCACUACUAGGGGUGGUGGUGGUGGUCUUGGUCUUCUUCCCUUAAACCCCACCCCCACCCCCACCCCCACCCCUUCUCUUCUUUCUUUGUUCACUCAAAAAUCCAAUUCUUUAAACCUUCCAAAUGCCCUUGUUCACUUUAGCUGCAGGUGUUCUAGUAAGUGGGAUUCAAAUGCUGAGUCUAUCAAGAACCAGAAUUUUAGCCAACUUGAUGAGGAGGAGGAAGAGGAGCUUGAUGAGGAUGGAAUCUUGGACCAAGGAGCUCAAGUUUUUGAGGAAUAUAUUGAAAGUAUUUGGAUUUUUAAGGUUUUGUGGUCCUACGGUUGGGCGCUUCCACCAAUUGUACUAGCAUUGCUAGUAACAGGAGGACCUAAAGCUUUUCUUAUGGCGUUAGCCAUUCCUCUUGGACAAUCCACGUUUUCUUUUGCAAUCCAAAAGAUGCUGGAUACGACACAAAACAAACCAACACGCAAGAGUAAAACUAAGAAAAGAUGGCGUGCUGCUCCCACGUCAAGCAAGGCAAACUUCUGGAGAAGAGCAGGAAGUUCCAAGACGCGAAAGAGAAAAACAGGUUAUCAAUCAUGGGUGCCCAACAAUGACGUCUCAGCUAGUAAGGAUGACCGAGAGGUAUCUAAAUAUGGAGGGUGGGAUGAACUCGAUCAAGAGACGGAAUCUAAAAGUUCAGCUCAAUCAUCAGCCGAAACAUCAAAGAUACCUAUGGAAAAGGACGCAAAAAGUGGUGGUUUAAUUGGAGCAGCCCAUCAGGUGUAACUGGACUUGGCAAGCACUAGCCCAUUAUCCUUCCACUGCACGGAGCAGGAGCUAUUUCGUUGCUCUGUGAAACCAGCCUCACGCAGUCCACCCAUCUUUAGGAAUCAAGAAGCCCAUUCUUUCGAUUAGACCCCGUGAUCCAACUCUAUGCUUGGAGAGGGCAGGCCAGAAACUAGCCCGCCAAGUCCAACCAUCUGAGAUGGUUCAACAUUCCACCACAUUUAACGCCCCCAUUUGGGUUACAAGCCCACAUUAUUGAGCUCAGCGUGCAGAGUACCUUUGCAUUCUAUUUUAAAGUACUAAAAGUUUCUGUCUUAUAGUAAUGUGGGACAAAUCCCAAAAUACUUAUGUAAAUCUAAUACGAUAAUACAAAAUUAAUAUAAGUAGCAUACAUUUCGAGCUGAAAAAACUGAGCUUAAUUACAUUUCGAGAUCAUCUUCCAUGGCCAGUCCUCCUCCUGAGAUCCUUGUAUGGUGAGCUGACUGAGAAUUUAACUGCACUAUCCUUCCGCGACUCUAUUCUAUCUGCUUCCUCUACUCAAUGACGAAUAAGUAAAGGGUAUCUGUCCUAUAUAAAUUCUCACUAACCAUGUUUUUUUCAUUUAAAUUCAGUCUCAAACCAGCAUUGUAUGAUAACAACUACACUUUGGUUUGAGAUGAGUUGUGACCGGCUUUAUGAAUCACCAAAGAUCAUGUUUCUCCAUUUAAGCUCAAGUCAUGUUGCGUGUAUUAUAAUAGGAUUCUAAAAAUCGGCCCUAAAACUAACCACCUGGUGGCAUUUUACUUUCUAUCACAUUUGUCGAAUAAUUGAGACACAUACAAAAUCUAAUCUAACAUCCACAACGACACCAAAAUUUGUUUAUCUUUAUCAGCUGCAUAUGUAGUACCAAAAUCCUCAUUAAUUAUAUUUUUUCAUUAAAUUCAAUCUCAAACAAGCAUUGUACGAUAACAACUUUGUCUCGUUCAUAAAUGACUUGGAAUCAACUAUAUGAAUCAUCAAUGACCACAUUUCUCUAUUUAAGCUCAAGUCCAUAACAUAUGUACAAAAUGAGGUUCUUCCCCAAUCGAGAAAUUUACCAGUCUGCCAACUCCUACCACAACUGUCUUCUUUAUUCAGAUUUGAGAUUGAUUAUGUGAGCAAGCUCACACUAUUGGAACUAAUCUCAGGCCAACUUUAUACUAGUUAAAAAUUGAAAUAGUCAAAUAACUUAUAACAAACCCCCAAAAAAGUAGUGGUUUAAUUGGAGAUGCCCAUCAGGCGUUUUCAGACUUGAAAGACACCAGCCUGUUGUCCUUCCACUGCACAGAGCGGGAGCUGUUCGUUGCUCUGUGAAACCAGCCUCACGCAGUCCACCCCACUUUAGGGAUCAAGAAGUCCAUUCUUUCAAAUAGGCCCCGUGAUCCAACUCUGUGCUUGGAGAGGGCAGGCCAGAAACUCGUCUAUCAAGCCCAACCAUCUGGUACAGCCCAACAUUCCACCACA